AUGGAGAAGCUGCAGCCUUCCAGAAACUGCCCGUGCAAGCUGGAGCGCGCUCUGCAGCAGACCACAGACCACAGCCAGGAGGGCCCUAACUACGUCCUCCAUGCCCCUGGCCUGCCAAGGAAGGAGGAUCGCCCUCACAGGCAGAAGAAGGCCAUGCUGGAACCCACUUCCACUAAGAACAUGCAAGACAUUUUCCAGAUGCACUUGUACUUGGGGCAGGUGACGCCGCAGGAGAGCACUCUGGACAGACAAGAAGGGCACUGGACAUGGCAGCCUGCGGAGAGCAGCAAGAAGACGAAAGCCUACUUUUCACCCCCAAGGCUGAAAAUGCACCUCCCCAGCCCCAGAAAAGCUGCCAGAGGGGGAACAUCCCCAGGUCUUUCUGGGAGUCCCUCCACAGCUCCAGGAGAUGCUGUUGAUGGUGGCGGCAGCAGCAAAGGGGUUAUCUUUGCCAAUGGCGUCAUCGCAGAGGAGCACGAGGGAACUACGUCACCUCAGACAUCGCAAGUGACAUUGCAGAGCCAGCCUCAGCCUCAGCCUCAUUCCUUGGGUUUCCCUGGCCAACUGUGGGAAAGCUCACUUAAGCACACUGUGCUAAGUUCAUCUCAAGUCCCGCAGGCAGAUGACAUUUACAGGACAGACCUGGAGAGAGGAUUGCUCCCCAGCUGGACAGAAGUCUCCACAGAUAAUGAGAUAGCCCUCGGGGGCAUCCCGCAGGUGGAAGGAGGCUUCUCUCAGGAGAUGUGCGAACCCAAGACCAACAUCGUCUUCCUGAAAGUCCACAAGAGUGCCAGCAGCACCGUCAUGAACAUCCUCUUCCGCUUUGGUGAGAUGCGCAACCUCUCCUUUGCCUUCCCCCUGAAGGGUGGCCACCAGCUCUUCUACCCGCAGCACUUCAUGGCGAGGUUCGUGCAGGGCUUCUCCCCAGGGAAGCCUCCCCACUUCAACAUCCUCUGCCACCACAUGCGCUUCCUGCAGCCAGAGGUGCAGAAAGUGGUGCCCAGCACGGCCAUCUACUUCUCCAUCCUGAGGAACCCUGUGCAGCUCAUGGAGUCUUCCUUCGUGUACUACAAGGGCACAUCGGCGUUCUCCCGUGCCCGCAGCCUGGAGGAGUUCCUCAGCCAGCCCUACCGCUACUACAACCCCACAGCCAGCGACAGCCACUACGCCAGGAACCUCAUGACCUUCGACUUCGGCUUCAACCCUGAUGGAGAGGUCUCAGCCAAGCGGGUGCACCUCAUGCUGAAGGCCAUCGAGGCGUCCUUCGACUUGCUCCUCAUCUCCGAGUACUUUGACGAGUCCAUGGUGCUGCUGAAGGAGACACUGUGCUGGGACCUGGACAGCGUUGUGUCCUUCCCGCUCAACAGCAGGGACAGCAGCACCAGGUCCCCGCUCUCGGGAGCCAUUGUGGAGAAGAUAAAGGACUGGAACAAGCUGGACUGGGAAAUCUACACCCACUUCAACAGGACCUUCUGGGAAAGGAUCGACCGAGACAUCGGAAGGGAGCGCAUGCGGCGGGAGGUGAAGGUGCUUCGGGAGAGGCAGGCGGAGCUGGCGAAGACCUGCCUGCAAGGGAUGGGCAGCGUGGGCCCUAAGGACAUCAAGGACUCUUCCCUGCGGCCGCUGCAGCAUGGCAAUGCCAAAAUCCUGGGCUACAACCUCAAGCAGGGCUUGGACAAGGAGACAGAGACCAUGUGCCGGCGGCUGGUGACCCCGGAGCUUCAGUACAGCAGCGCUCUCUACAAGAAGCAGUUUCCCCAGAAGUCCCCCCAGAAGCCCCCCCAGCUCGUCCCUUCUCAGCGGGGCAUGCAGCAGGGCAGCAUCCUGCGGCACAGGCUGGAGGGCACCCAAAACUGA